CUUGGACAUUAGCCUGAAAAGUCCCGUGGUUUUCUCCCUUUCCGGGUUUCCACGUAAAAAUAGCUUGUUCAUACACAUUUAUACAUAUAUUUACUAUAUCGUGUUGGAUUAAACUCAACACUGGCGCCGUCUGUGGGAAUCUGUCCAAAAAGAUUCGUGUGUUCUACUGUUCUUGAGUUCUACAAAAAAUUCAUACGAGUGGACUGAUUCCAACAAAGAAAAAGCAUUCUGGAAAGCAAAAUAGGAGGAAGAAGAUUCUGGGAACGAGGAAGAAAAUUUCUGAGAAAAUGAUUCUGGAAAAUUGCAGAUCGGGGAUGGAACUGCCGGAGCCGCCGGAAUCGCCGGAACCGCCGUCAUCAUUCCCGCCGCCAUGAAACCUUGGGCGAGUGUACGCGCGCUGGAUGGAGCUCGCGGCAGCGCUCCAUUUGUUGAUCCCGGCUUCUGGUGAAACGCCGCCUGCAACGGAGUCGCUCGUGGCCAGCAUCUGGUUUCACCGACCACCGCCUGAGUCGUCACACCACCUGGUCAGCCGCGGCUCGAACCUCCACCGGACAUCCUGUUCUGCCGACGCGAGGACCCGCCAACUGGGAGUUCUUUGAUCUCUGCCAUUAAUGGGGAUUUGGAGCUCGGGGAGGGUACUCUCAAAGCUCGAGUAGCAGACCUCCCACCGAACCAGACCAUGUGGUCAUCCUUGCUCUGCUGCAAGCGUCUGUACCGCCGUCAUUUGUCCUUGGGUUGGGAGCCGGAGUUUCAGCCAGCUUUCCUAAGGUGCGGGGUGUUGCAGAAUCGCUCAAGAGCCUUGGUCCUCAUAAGGCCACGUGAGUAGGAUGAAUGGUGGCGGAUGGAUAAGUUUGGGAGCAUCUUGACUAAGUCAACUAAUUCCAGAAAUUCCAACUGGCCGAACAUCUAUUCUUAGAGCUAAGUGCUCUUACUCCUGCUCUUUAAUUAAAAUGCUCCAUAAUACGAUCAUAGAUGCUUUUGUUGACCAUCACCAUUAUUUAACAGGGGUUAAAUACCCCGAAAUUAAAUAAUGUCGAGCAAAGCUCAGAUGAGUAAAGCUCUAGUGAUAAUUAAUUCCACCGUCAUUUAAAUUUAAUGACUGGUUGUUGGUGGGCCCGAUUAGCCCACUCCCGAUCGGCUUUAAUUAGCGAACGGGGCAUAUCUGAAUGACUUAUGGUAGGAUAAUACUAUUAUUACUACCCGUGCAUCACUAUUAUUUAUUAGGGAUAAAAAUGUCCCGAAAUUAAAUGAUGCAGAGCGAAGCUCUAGUAAUAAUUAGUUCAGCCAACUUUUUUAUUAAAAAUUUAAUUGUUGGGGGGUUCGAUUAGCCCACUCUUGAUCGGCUUUGAUUAGCGAUCUGAGCGUCUCCAGAGGGUAGUGUCCCAAUGACGCGUUUCAAUUUGGGGGUUACGCAAUAGUCCGCACGGCACCGAGUGCUCGAGCGACGAUAGUACCCUAGUACCACCUGCGCCACUAGGCGAAGUGACUGUGCCAAACGCGGCCUGUGGGGCCCGAGGGCACCGAAGCGCUCAAACUCGUUGUUUUUGAGGGCAAUGCGACCAACUUGGGUCUGAGUUUUCAACUCACAGACCAGUGAUUAUCCCUAUGUGACGUUCGGCGGGCUGCUAAUUGGCCCCGCCGCGAGCUCCUACGUCCAUUAACCCCGCACGAUGAGCCGGGCCGAGGGUCACGAUGACCCAUAGGCCGGUAAUCGUGGGUGUUAGAGAGAAGGCCAUGUAGAUGGUUAUGUGUGCAUAUUUAUUGUCGGGCCGUGCGGCCCGUUAUCAUGCUUAUUGCGCAGCUGAAGCCACUCGACGCGCUUGAGCGAAAUGAUUAGAAGACGCUCGGCCCGAGUCUUGAAGACGUGCAGGGCCGGCUAAAGAGGAGACCAUCACGGCUGAGGACCGUGAGACGAGCAUCUCCACCUAGAGGCCGAGGGCCUAGAGGAGACCACCACGGUUGAGAACCGUGGGACGAGCAUCUUCACCCCAGAGACCGAUGGCCUAGGAGAGAACACCUAGAGGCCGAGGGUCUAGAGUGGACUACCACGGCGAAGAACCGUGAGACGAUCAUCCAUCAUCCAGAGGCCGAGGGCCAAGAGGAAACCAUCACGGCUGAGAGCCGUGAUACGAGCAUCUCCACACCAGGAGCCGGUGGCCUAGAGGAGACCACUACGGCCGAGGGUCGUGGGACCAUCCUUACAUCACGACCGACCUCACGGUACGGCGUGUUUAUCACCUGAAGACCGGUAUCAUCCCCGCGCUGCGCGGAUGAGAGCCGUUGCACGGAUACACUUGAUCGGCCUCUCAUUGCCGACAUCAUUAUAUCAUGACCGGCCUCUCGGCAUGGCAUGAUUAUCUUAUUUGAAGACUGGGCUCGUCCCCGCACUGCGCGGAUGAGGACCGUUGCUUGGAUUUCAGGUCGGCCUAUCAUUGCCGACAUCAUUAUAUCAUGACCGGCCUCUCGGCAUGGCAUGAUUAUCUUAUUUGAAGACCGGGCUCAUCCCCGCGAUGCGUGGACGAGGACCAUUGCUUGAUUUUCUUUCAGGUCGGCCUCUCACUGCCGACACUAUCAUGUUAUGUUCGGCCUCUAGGCACGACAUAUUUAUCUUUUGAAGACCGGUUUCAUCCCCGCGCUGCGUUGGAUGAGAGCCGUUGCUCGGAUAUAUCGGCCUGACCGGACACUAUUGUCAUCUCCAUUAUCAGGACCGACUGCUCAGCGACAUUAUGAUCAUUGUAUAUCGGCUCCCGAUGCCGACCUUCUUGAGUUAGCGAUCGGGCUCACCCCUCCCCCCAGGAGGGUGACCAUCGCCUUCGCAUGACGACCAGCAUUUCCAUCGCCUCGUCAUCCACUUCAUUUUGGUAUCCCACCACCAUUACGUGUGACAUCACUUGUGGUCAUUCUUGGAAACCGACGAACGUAUUUUCCUCCCUCAAAAAAAAAAAGAAAGAAAAAAAAAAAAGAUGGGGAGAAGGGGAGAGAGAAGCUCCUAUGAGAGAGGGAGUCUUGACGAGGUAUGCCUGAUCUUCCUUCGCCGCGUAUGACGAACGUCUCCCGACGCGGAGGCUAGUAGGAACGUGGGGGGGGCUAGACGUACCAAAGGGAACCUCGGCAAGAUAAACCAGUUCCUCCCAUUUCCCGUGGAUUGAUGAACACCUUCUGCAAAAGCAGAAGGCUAGUAGGGCCACGAGCAUGGGACGACGAAGUAGGGAAUCCCGACGUGGAUACACCUGUUCCUCCUUGCGAUCGUUGGUUGACCGAACGUCUUCUUCGAAGUAAGAAGAUUAGUAGGACCGCGACAAGGACGAACGAAGAAUAGGGAAUCCCGACGUGGAUACACCUGUUCCUCCUUGCGAUCGUUGGUUGACCGAACGUCUUCUUCGAAGUAAGAAGAUUAGUAGGACCGCGACAAGGACGAACGAAGAAUAGGGAAUCCCGACGUGGAUACACCUGUUCCUCCUUGCGAUCGUUGGUUGACCGAACGUCUUCUUCGAAGUAAGAAGAUUAGUAGGACCGCGACAAGGACGAACGAAGAAUAGGGAAUCCCGACGUGGAUACACCUGUUCCUCCUUGCGAUCGUUGGUUGACCGAACGUCUUCUUCGAAGUAAGAAGAUUAGUAGGACCGCGACAAGGACGAACAAAGAAUAGGGAAUCCCGACGUGGAUAAACCUGUUUCUUCUCAUAGUUGGGAUGACGAACGUCUCCUGCGAAACCAGGAGACCAGUACUCACGAGACUUGGGAAGAACAAAGACCCAGUUCUUUAUCGGAGUCUGUGCGUGCCGAGUGUACACUGCUUAGCGGUCCGUACAUAGGACCACGGAUACGGUAGACGAACGAAGACCAGCUUCAUGGAUCAGACACGAAGAACCAGUUCUUUAUCGGAGUCUGUGCGUGUCGAGUGUACACCGCUUAGCGGUCCGUACAUAGGACCACGGAUACGGUAGACGAACGACGAUUAGCUCCCCAGCUCAGACAGGAGGGACAUUGCCCAGAUUUAUUUCAGGCUCACCAUUCCUUCCCGGAUGGAGUCCUGGCAGACGAUCGGCUUCUCACAGCCAAUCAGGAGAGAGACUUGACACAUCACCAGCACGGCCGAGGGCCGCGAGAGGCCGAGGGCCAUGAGAUGAUCAUCACUAUUUUUAUGCAUCACGAUCGGCCCCUCAGCGCCAUCGUGUCCAGAUUCACGGUUCGGAUCGCCCAUUCCCUCCAGGAUGGCGACGACCGUCUUAUGCAGUACGAUCGGCCCCUCAGCGCCAUCGUACCCAGCUCACGUUCAGCUCGUCCAUCCCUUCCAGGGUGGCGACGAACGUCUUAUGCAUCACGAUCGGCCCCUCAGCGCCAUCGUGUCCAGAUUCACGGUUCGGAUCGCCCAUUCCCUCCAGGAUGGCGACGACCGUCUUAUGCAGUACGAUCGGCCCCUCAGCGCCAUCGUACCCAGCUCAUGUUCAGCUCGUCCAUCCCUUCCAGGGUGGCGACGAACGUCUUAUGCAUCACGAUCGGCCCCUCAGCGCCAUCGUGUCCUGAUUCACAGUUCGGAUCGCCCAUUCCCUCCAGGAUGGCGACGACCGUCUUAUGCAGUACGAUCGGCCCCUCAGCGCCAUCAUACCCAGCUCACGUUCAGCUCGUCCAUCCCUUCCAGGGUGGCGACGAACGUCUUAUGCAUCACGAUCGGCCCCUCAGCGCCAUCGUGUCCUGAUUCACGGUUCGGAUCGCCCAUUCCCUCCAGGAUGGCGACGACCGUCUUAUGCAGUACGAUCGGCCCCUCAGCGCCAUCGUACCCAGCUCACGUUCGGAUCGCCCAUUCCUUCCAGGGUGGCGACGAACGUCUUAUGCAGCACGAUCAGCGCCUCUGUGCCAUCGUGUCUGGCUCAUGUUCGGCUCGCCCAUCCCUUCCAGGAUGGCGACGAACAUCUCUUAUGCAGCACGAUCAGCGCCUCUGUGCCAUCGUGUCUGUCUCAUGUUCGGCUCGCUCAUCCCGUCCAGGAUGGCGACGAACAUCUCUUAUGCAGCACGUCUGCCUCUCGGCGCUGACAUGCCCGGGUAAUCGAUGAAAGCCACCGCUUUCCAUCACAUCUCACAUUCCUUCUCCCAUACAUUGCACCCAUACAUUACAUGCAUUCAUGCAUUCAUGCAUCAUACCUCAUACAUUCAUACAUACACAUGAGCAUCGUGUUUUGACAGUACCGCGACGUCGGUUUAUAGAUGCAUGGACCUCUAAGCUUCUCCGAUUGGAAAGCUCGGGUCAGAGUGCUUUACUCCCGCCUGAUGCAUUCAGGGGGAGUGUGUCCGUAGAGGAGCACCCUUCGCCCGAACCCGUCGAGAAGGGGGGGGGGGGGUGCCUUACGGCAGAUUAUGUUCAGGAGUGCAGACACCCACUCAUAUAUUAUGAUUACUUGAAGACACAGGUUCCAGCCAGGCAGAGGCAGAGCGCAGGCAAGAAUAUACUUUCUCGAGCAGAUUCGCGCACUCACUACUCAAGAAACUGGGGGACUUGUGUUGGGAUAUAUUAUCCCGGCCUAUUACUGUUCAGGAGUCCAAGGCUUUACGUAGUACGGAGCCCGAGCAGCUAGGCCCAUUUCGGCCCAUCCGGCCCACUUAGGCCAUUUGGGCCCACUCCGGCCCAUGCGGCCCAUUAGGGUGGAGAGCUUCCCUCACCCCUUUCCCUAUUUAUAGGAGGUUUUCCCUCCAUGUAGAGGAGGCUUUUGCUUCUUCCUUUAGCUCUAGAUUAGAGAAUACUCCAUAAAUGGAGCUCAAAAUGUACUAUGUAAUGGUGAGGAGAGUCCUAAUGAGAAAGAGAUGGCUUGGACAUUAGCCUGAAAAGUCCCGUGGUUUUCUCCCUUUCCGGGUUUCCACGUAAAAAUAGCUUGUUCAUACACAUUUAUACAUAUAUUUACU